AAAAAAGAAACUGUACAGACAUUGGCUAAAAUCAUUGAAAACGCACCUCAGCUAUUCAGUGCCAAUAUGCAAACACUUGCAGCCGGAUUGAGCCAAAAUAGUGGCCAAUUUAAGGAGUAUUUGGAGCAUAGUCAUCAACACGCCGAAUAUUUGAGCAGUGGUGUACGGAAAUUGGUAGCUAUCGGUGAUACGAUGUCCCAAAUUAAGGCUGUCAUUCAAGAGGAAAUGGAGGCUGAAGAUAGCUCUGAUCAAGGCCACUCGCCGUCGAGUGAAUGAUUUUUGGUUGGAUACAAUAUGUAGCUUAAUUUAUGUAUUUAACAAUUUAAAUUUUAAACUUAUCAGUAAUUACAUAUUUGAAAUAGUAUUCAAUAAAUAUGUUAUUAAAUUCAUGAAGCUUUUAGUA